UCUAUAAUUUCAUGUAUUUAUUUAUGUCUUAAUUUUAUCAGAUGGGCAUUCCUACUGUGGAGUCUGAAGAUUUCUACAAGGAUUUGGACCCCAUCCUGGAUGAAAUUAAUAGAAAAUGUGUAAAAAUGGAUGAAGAUAUAAAAAAAAAAUAUGUGGACAUAAUAAAUAAGGUGAUUGAAUCAGUAAUCAAAGCAUUAAAAUCAACAGAUGAAGUUUUUGAAAAACUUUUUUCUAAAUUAGAAUAUGUUGGCUCAUAUUUUGAUGGACUUCGAGUUGCAAAACCUACAGAAUUUGACUUAAAUUUAAUUAUGAAAUUACCUUGUGACUACAAAAAAAUUGUGAUUGAAAAUAACAAUGUUUCAGCAGGCUUUGUUAAACUCAACAUCCUUAAAGCUAUUCAAAACAACCAACAAUCUGAAAAAGUUAUUGGAACUGUUAAAAAAUGGUGUGAUGUUGAUGGAUAUCUUCUUGAGAACAGAGUUCGUCAAUGGAUGGAAAGUGUUAUAACCUGUUGUUUAGGUCAUGCGACUACAACACUAAGUCUUGCUUCUGGAGAAACUGUAAACAUCAGAGUCAGAAAAGCUGGACCAGCAUUUACACUAAAUGUAAACACAGGAAGUGAUAAUAUAGACGUUGACUUAGUUUUCACUAUUCAAUUUCCUGAAUCGAUACAUCCUCCUAGUUCUAUUAGAUGGAAUAAAGAUUUGGCUGCUAGCUGGGUGGUAGUACCAAAACCAACUAAUGAUCCUCGGUUUUGGAGAGUUUCAUUUAAUUAUUCAGAGAGAAAACUCACUCAGAACCAGUAUAAACUUAAAUUAAUCAACCGAUUUUUGAAGGCACUUCGUGACGCUCGAGAUUUGCCAAUUCCCAGCUACUUUAUUAAAACUCUAUUUUUAUGGGAAGCUCAUAAUUGUACUAUGUAUAACAAGCCUAGAUUUUGGGAAAAAAGGCAGGGCUAUUUAUUUAUUUAUAUGAUGAAUGAAUUGUAUUCAAAUUUGAAAGCAAGAAAAAUCCUCUAUUACUGGCAUAAAGGAUUAAAUUUAUUUGAUAAAAAUAAAUUUACUCCAGACCAUGCACUAAAUAUGGAAAAUCAAAUUAGCCGUAUUAUAUCAAAAAUUAAUGACUUAAUUAGAAAGAAAGAUAAAGAGAGACUAAGAAAUUACAUUUUAGCCUUGUUCAGAAUUUCUGAAGAGCUUGCGAUUGCUGAUCUAAGUUUAGAAGAUACAACAAAGCAAAAUGAACAAAACAUUAGUUGUUCCCUUUCUUAA